CAGGUAGCCUACUUGGUAAGAAUGUAAAAUGUCGUCAAAAGACUGGGACAGAUAAAAGAGGCGUAAUAUACAGGCGCACUUCUAUCGUAAAGGAUCAGAUUGCACAAAAGACGGAGUUACCUGAAGCUACAAGAGAGCGGGUAUAAAAAAGCGCAUCAUUUCGCCUCGGUUUGAAGGAAAGGAUGAAAGAAGCGGGGACGGUUUUUUAAAACUCAUAUUUCAUCCCUCGACCCUGUUCAUAACCUUUAGCUUUUAAAGUGCGGCCGCAGAUGGGAUCGUGACUCGGCUUUGAACCUGAUCCCCCUUGACAGAUCAUGGACUGGGGAGGACGAGAUGCCCCGCGGAGCCGGAGGGAUCCCCGCAUCUGCGAGCGCUGAUCGAGGCGCAAACACGUGCGUGACUGGAUCCCUAAAUGGGUCGCAUAUGCGAUUCCUGACACCAUGCACCAAGACCACCGACAGUGGAUCCUCUACAUGUUUAUGUGUUUCGGUGUAAUCUACUUAAGACUCGGAGCGCUGUCCUCAGUGGUGGCCCUGGGCGCCAACAUCAUCUGCAACAAGAUCCCGGGCCUGGCCCCACGGCAGCGGGCCAUCUGCCAGAGCCGUCCGGACGCCAUCAUCGUCAUCGGCGAGGGUGCGCAGCUGGGCAUCAAUGAGUGCCAGUACCAGUUCCGCUAUGGACGCUGGAACUGCUCGGCCCUGGGGGAGAAGACGGUCUUCGGGCAGGAACUCCGAGUAGGCAGCCGGGAGGCGGCGUUCACCUACGCCAUCACCGCGGCGGGAGCCGCACACGCCGUCACGGCGGCCUGCAGCCAAGGCAACCUGAGCCACUGCGGCUGCGACCGCGAAAAGCAGGGCUACUACAACCAGGAGGAGGGCUGGAAGUGGGGGGGCUGCUCAGCGGACGUCAAGUACGGCAUCGCCUUCUCCCGCUGGUUUGUGGACGCCCGCGAGAUCAAGAAAAACGCCCGGAGGCUGAUGAACCUUCAUAACAACGAGGCUGGCAGGAAGGUCCUAGAGGAGAGGAUGAAACUGGAAUGCAAAUGCCAUGGAGUCUCGGGAUCCUGCACCACCAAGACCUGUUGGACCACGUUGCCCAAGUUCCGGGAGAUUGGCUACAUCCUGAAGGAGAAGUACAACGAGGCGGUGCAUGUGGAGGUGGUGCGGGCCAGCCGUCUGCGGCAGCCCACCUUCCUGAAGGUCAAGAAGAGCCAGGGCUUCCGCAAGCCCACCGAGACCGACCUGGUCUACAUCGACCGCUCGCCCAACUACUGCGAGGAGGACACCGCCACGGGCAGCGUGGGGACGCAGGGGCGCCUCUGCAACCGCACCUCGCCGCACACGGACGGCUGCGACCUCAUGUGCUGCGGCCGCGGCUACAACACGCACCAGUACACUAAGGUGUGGCAGUGCAACUGCAAGUUCCAGUGGUGCUGCUUCGUCAAGUGCAACACCUGCAGCGAGCGAACGGAGGUGUUCACCUGCAAGUAGGGCCCGGUACGGAGGGCAGGAAGAAGCGAGAUAAAGGCAGGGGGGGGCGCCAGAGGUCAGACCUGUGAAGUGCGACCGAGGGGAAGGAGGCGAUAUGGAGGGGAAAGGGAAGCCUGGAUGCUGGAGACCUGGGGAAGGAAGAAUCAAAAGGAGACAGCGGAUCUAAUGGGAUGGAAUUUACAAUAUCAACUCUUCAUGGCAUCGUUUUGCACAUCAGACUUUGUUUUUGCUUUGGAAAAAAAGAGCUCAAGUAUCAAUAGGUAAAAGCCCACUUCAUUACUGAAAAAGAAUGAUGUGUUCUUAUGCACUGAUGUCUCAAGACUGAUAAAAAUUGCGACAAAAUAAUGCCCCGGCGGGAACCAUGCAGUGCGUUCUGGGAUUUGUAGUCCUUGAUGUUUCACAGUGAGAUUGCGAAGGAACUCAGAUUCCCAGAAUACUGUGGAGUAUGACAGUAGUUUUCCAUAAAGCAAGGAGAAAGAGGCAGAGAUUCUGUAGCAUGGCAAUUGAUCAGUCUUCCUGUUUGAAAAGGAAUGUUGGAGAGAAAAGGAUAGAGAAAAGGUCAGUUGAGAUGAAGAAUGUUUGCAUGGAGUCUAUGGGCAUGUGGAAGAGUUUGCCCGAUUGGGCAGAGGUAUCUCUGGCCUAGCCAAUAGGAAAACAGAAAACUGGGAGCAUGAUAACUGUCCAGUCACACUGGAGCUGCUUGUUUGAACACUGAAAAAUGAAAAUGUCUAUUUAUGUAAUAGUUAUCUUUAAACGAAGCACUAACGGGUAGAAAUGUCUUAUUUUGUACUAAGUAUAAAAAAACUUUAGUGACUGACUGAAGGUGCAUAUCUUUUGUAAUUUACCCCCUUAGAAACAGUUUCAUUGCUGCUGAUGCCUUUUCUUUGGUGUCGUGUUCAAUCAGUCAGAGGAUUGCAGCAGAAGCAUCUGCAGACCAACACAAAACAUCCGUUAAUUCUCGUCUCCACACUGCGUCCUUUUGCAUUUUCAGUAAGUAGCAGGGAAGCUGUUUUUUCCUUUUUAGCCACCAUCAUCUUUCCUCGACCCCCAUAGCAUGAAGCGAGUGUGUCGCUGGAUGCAUCAUACAGAGCUGCACUGAAUCCUUCCUAUUAAGGUAUAACUUCGGUUCAAAGCUUAAAUGAGUAUUGCUCGAACAUGAGUUUGGGAUUAAACGCAUCCGCUGGGUCCUUCCUUUUUCCUGCUGAGACGCUGAAAUCCUUCCCGAAGUCGUUGCCCAGUUUCAGCGUUUCAGACGUCGUGGGUGGGCAGAGGGAGGGGGCUCCGGUCACGCCUGCACCUUGUCGGUUCCCAGCCCGGCGUAGUGCUGGGCGCGACUUUCAUGCUCCAUUCACAGCCCUAACCUGCCAAGUCAAAUUCUCCGCUUAGAGCCAGUGGAAUUUGGAAGACGUGACCAACAUGCAUGGGAUAAGAAGGCUGAUGUCAUAUUUUACCUAGAAACGUUACUCUUUAAUAGAGUAUCGCUAAGAGUAAUAUUAAGGUUUAAUAUUAAGUUGUUAAACACAGACACUAGAAAUACUAUGGAUUUAUAUUUUUAUAAGCAGUACUGGUUUCCGCACUUUACAUUUAUAUUCAGAGAAAAUAAAAUCAGUCAUUAUUAUCAUUAGUAUUAUUUUUAUUAUUAUUUUAAAGUGACUUUACUGUAUGCUACCAGUUCAAAGAAAUGUUUGUUUUUUAAGUACUGAAAAUCACAGAGGAACCUGAACUAUUGCCUGAAAUGGAAUAUUAGUAUGAAUUUCAAAAGAAACAAUGUUUACUUUGUAGAUAAGCCACUUCUCCUGUCUUUCCCCCCCAUCAAGUUCUCAGAAUUAGAACAUUUAAAAAAAUUUUAUUUCAUAAGCUGGUUGUGUACAGAGAAUAAUAUUCAGUCAACUGCGAUAUUUCUACAACGCUGCAAUGUAUAGUACUAAGUUAAUAAAUGAAUAAAUAAGUUAUUAGUUUCUGGUUGGAAUAAACCCUGCUAGUUACGAAUACGAGUGUAAAAGUUAAUUGACCACGCAAGUGAAAUCUUCUUUGCCCUAGUGGCACAUGACUUAUAGCCACUGAAGGAUUUAACAGCUCGUUAAUUAUAAUAGCUACUGAAGGCAUUAACGGCUCAUUAAUAAUAAUAUGAAUAAUAAACAUCUUCAUCAUCACCUCAGUCAGUCUGUAACUCCAUUUCACAUUUACUGGAUUCCUCUACUCAUUUUCCAGGGCUUGAAAAUCAAUUGUUUGGCUGCAGGUUGUACAUGUUCACCCUAUUUCUCUAACAUGCUGAAUAUUAAAAACUGAAGAAACAUAUAAGGUACAGUACCAGUCAAAAGUCUGGAUACUGAAAAUCAUUUGUUUUUCAACAAGAUACAAACCCUGAACACACCUUGAGUUUAUGUAAGUGCUGUAUCAUCCUGUGAAUAAGCAAAGAGAUGGAGUGCUGUGACAGAUGACCAGGCCCCCACAGUCCCUCCACCUAAACCCUAUAGAGCUGGUUUGGGAUCAGUGGGGUUAAAGAGUAAGAGCAAGGUAGCCAACCUGUGCCCAGAACUUGUGGGAACUCCUUCAGGCCUAUUGUAGAAGCAUUUCAGCUGGCUACAUCUGGAAGAUGGCUGAGAGAAAGCCGAGAGUCUGCAAUGCUGUCAAGGGGAAUGAACACGUCUCUUGGUUGUUGCAUUAUUUGAUAUGUAUUACUUCAUUGCCUCAAGGCCUUUUCCCAUAAGGUGAAUUACAUAGCUAAAACAAAGACAAAUGCAUUAAAAGCAGAUAUAUCCAGACUUAUACCUGGUACUGUACAUAUUUUUUAUAUGUAUGUAUUUAAACCCUUAAUUUGAAAUUAUUCUUAAAGUAUUAUUCACCCCAGGAUAGCUUGCUGAAGUAAAAAAAUGUUUUUCAUUCUAUGGCAUCUUAUACUCUGCAAUGACAUUGUAAUUCCUUGAAGUUUCAUGCCUUUGAAAGCACAAUUUUAGCAUUCAUGGAAAUAAAGAAAAGGAAAUAAAAUUAUAUACGGCAUAUUUUUGCAAAUAAACAAACCAACAACAUGAAAGACUGG